CUUGGUGGAAGCUUUUUGGGGUCUUUGCGGGGUUCGACCAAUACCCGGGAGGUCUGUACUGAAGAAAUUAAUUAAAAUAAAAGGAAAAGGAAAUUAAGCAGAAGGAAAUAACGAAAUGUGCCAUUGUUCAGCAUUGAAGCUCAACUCAACCCCAUAGAAAUUAGAAAGAAACUCUCAUACUGAGUUCCAAGCCCCACCCACCUAAACCAACAAAGCAGAGGCAGAGAAAAUACAGUUAUUUACAGUUUUUGAUGGGAAAGAAGCAGCACUUGGAUUGGACAACAAGGUCCAUCGCAUCAUCUGGGAGUGAAAGGGUCUCUCUUUUGAAUAAAGAGGCAAAGAGGAAAGAAAACGAAGAGCAAUCAACUGAUGGCCCUAUUUCGGACCUUGAACACGGGGAUGCAGUAGAGGCAAAGAAUGUUGGAUUUGGUAGAGUGCUUUCACUGGCAAAGCCAGAAGCUGGGAAGUUAAUUGUUGCCACUAUAGCGCUGCUGAUAUCAUCCACAUCAAGUAUACUAAUUCCAAAAUACGGUGGAAUGAUAAUAGACAUCGUAUCAAGUGAAAUAAAGACACCUGAACAGCAAGCGCAAGCCCUAAAUGCUAUCAUGGACACCGUACUUGCUAUUUUGCUGAUAGUUGUAGUUGGCUCUCUCUGCACAGCACUCCGAGCAUGGUUGUUUUCAUCUGCUAGUGAAAUGGUUGUAGCUCGCUUGAGAAAAAAUUUAUUCAGCCACCUUAUUUCUCAGGAAAUUGCCUUCUUUGAUGUUACUCGAACCGGAGAACUUCUCAGCAGACUAUCCGAAGACACCCAGAUUAUAAAAAAUGCUGCCACUACCAACCUUUCUGAGGCACUUCGAAAUGUAACUACUGCAUUUAUUGGCAUUGGUUUCAUGUUCUCGUCAUCAUGGAAGUUGACAUUGUUGGCUCUAGCCGUUGUGCCACUCAUAUCUGUUGCUGUACGAAGAUUUGGGCGGUAUCUCCGUGAGCUUUCUCAUAAAACUCAAGCUGCAGCUGCAGUAGCCGCCUCAAUUGCUGAGGAAUCAUUUGGGGCUAUCCGUACAGUGAGAUCUUUUGCCCAGGAAGGUUAUGCAAUUUCCAAUUAUUCAGAAAAAGUUGAUGAGACGCUGAAACUUGGACUCAGUCAAGCUAGGUUAGUUGGUCUAUUUUUCGGAGGACUAAAUGCAGCAACCACAUUGUCUGUUAUAGUGGUGGUGAUAUAUGGAGCAUACUUGACAAUUACGGGUUCCCUGACUGCAGGUUCUCUGACAUCAUUCAUUCUUUAUAGCCUAACAGUUGGGUCCUCGGUGUCCUCUUUGUCAGGUUUAUAUACAACGGCAAUGAAAGCUGCCGGGGCAAGUAGGAGAGUUUUUCAGCUCCUGGAUCGUGUCUCAAGCAUGCCAAAAUCAGGAGAUAAGUGCCCUGAAGGCAAUCCGGAUGGAGAUGUGGAAUUGGAUGAUGUCUGGUUUGCUUAUCCUUCUCGCCCUAUUCAUAUGGUACUCAAGGGUAUAACAUUAAAACUAAGGCCUGGUUCGAAAGUCGCCCUUGUUGGUCCCAGUGGUGGUGGAAAGACAACAAUAGCAAACCUAAUUGAGAGGUUCUAUGACCCUCUCAAGGGAAAGAUUUUGUUAAAUGGAGUUCCUCUCAUGGAAAUAUCGCAUGAAUUUCUUCAUAGAAAGGUAAGUAUAGUCAGUCAGGAGCCUGUGCUGUUCAAUUGUUCCGUCGAAGAAAACAUUGCCUAUGGGUUCAAUGGUAAAGCUAGCCCUUCCGAGAUAGAAGCUGUUGCUAAAAUGGCAAAUGCCCAUGAAUUCAUAGAAAAAUUUGCCGAGAAGUAUCAAACUGUCGUGGGAGAACGUGGGCUGCGGCUGUCAGGAGGCCAGAAACAGAGAAUUGCCAUUGCCAGAGCGUUAUUGAUGAAUCCAAGAGUUUUGCUAUUGGAUGAAGCCACAAGUGCUUUAGAUGCUGAAAGUGAAUUCCUUGUUCAGGAUGCCAUGGACUCUCUAAUGGAAGGCAGAACAGUUCUUGUGAUAGCACACAGGCUAUCGACCGUGAAAAGUGCAAACAGUGUUGCCGUCAUAUCAGAUGGUCAGAUAGCUGAAAGUGGCACCCAUGAGGAGCUCCUCAGCAAGGAUGGAAUUUAUUCUGCGCUGGUGAGGCGGCAACUCGAAGGAUCCAGCAAUGGACUUAAGAUUUAGACAGUCCCUGAAAGAAAUGCUGAUUGAACCACGGACUUUUCAAUAAUCUACGUUCUUACAGCUUUAUCUUGUAUUUUCUUGCAACACUAGUUGCCUGAGGGCAUUCACAAGGAGUGUCCGUAAUCAGUAAUCUUGUGCUAAGAAGACUUUACGUGAGAAAUAAAACAUGCUCCACCGCACUC